CUCUGUCCAGUUUAGUUUCAGUUUACUUGUCCUGUGUGUCGCAGCUUGGUUCCUCAGGAUUGUCUCGUGUUUGCAGUUUGAAGUCUCUCCAGGUCCACAGGUGAAACCAGGAAGUCUCGGGGAGGUGAUGUGGAUGUGAAUUCAGCAGCAGCUGCCAAGCAGGUUGUGGUGUCUGUGUGAAGGUGUGAGCUCUGCUAUGGAUCUGCGUGAGGAACCAGAGGAGGGAGUCCCUUCUUCUGAAACCAUUCUCUGUGGGAAACUUGACAGCCAGACCAAAGCUCAGGGGAACCAUCUGAGACCUCCUAACCCUGAACCCAGCUUGGUGUCCUGUAAGAGUGACCGUUCAAGGGAUUACAUUCUUGAUUUUAAACAAAGGAACCAUCAGAGACCUCCUGAACCUGAACCCAGCUUGGUGUCCUGUAAGAGUGACCGGUCAAGGGAUUACAUUCUUGAUUUUAAACAAAGGAACCAUCUGAGACAAGAACCUCCUGAUCGUGAACCCAGCUUAGUGUCCUGUAACAGUGACCGGUCAAGGGAAAUCAUUCAUAAUUUAAAACCAAGAAUGGACGAGGAUAGCUUCGAGGUUCCAAGUGGUCAGUCCACCCAGCAGCACCAAACAUCCCUGGACUCUGUAUUCACGCUGCUGGAGAAGAACAUCGUCACAUAUGUGAAGAACGAGCUGAAGAUGUUCCAGAAAGUUCUGAGUACAGAUUACUCAAAACGCUUAGAGAGUGAGAGGGAGGAUGAGGUGCUGGACGGGAAGGCUGAAGAGCAGUGGAGGAGCAGCAGAGAGGCAUUUCUGAAGAUCACACUGAACUUCCUGAGGAACAUGAAACAGGAGAAGCUGGCUGACUGUCUGCAGAGCAGAAGUCAUUCUGGAAUAUGCCAACGCAAUCUCAAAUCUAACCUGCAGAAGAAGUUCCGGUGUGUGUUUGAGGGGAUCGCUAAAGCAGGAAACCCAACGAUUCUGAAUCAGAUCUACACAGAGCUCUACAUCACAGAGGGAGGGACUGCAGAGGUCAAUGUGGAACAUGAGAUCAGACAAAUUGAAACAGCAUCCAUGAAACCAGUUAGACCUGAAACAACAAUCAGACAACAAGACAUCUUUAAACCUUCAUCUGGAAGAGAUGAACCAAUCAGAACAGUGAUGACAAAGGGAGUGGCUGGCAUUGGGAAAACUGUCUUAACACAGAAGUUCACUCUGGACUGGGCUGAAGACAAAGCCAACCAGGACAUACAGUUCACAUUUCCAUUCACCUUCAGAGAGCUGAAUGUGCUCGAAGAGAAAAAGUACAGCUUGGUGGAACUUGUCCAUCUCUUCUUCACUGAAACCAAAGAAGCAGGAAUCUGCAGGUUUGAAGAGUUCCAGGUUGUGUUCAUCCUUGACGGUCUGGAUGAGUGUCGGUUUCCUCUGGACUUCAGCGACACUAAAAUCCUGACUGAUGUUACAGAGUCCACCUCAGUGGAUGUGCUGCUGGUAAACCUCAUCAGGGGGAAACUGCUUCCCUCUGCUCACCUCUGGAUAACCACACGACCUGCAGCAGCCAAUCAGAUCCCUCCUGAGUGUGUUGACAUGGUGACAGAGGUCAGAGGGUUCACUGAUCCACAGAAGAAGGAGUACUUCAGGAAGAAAUUCAAAAAUAAGGAACAGGCCAGCAAAAUCAUCUCCCACAUUGAGACAUCCAGAAGCCUCCACAUCAUGUGCCACAUCCCAGUCUUCUGCUGGAUCACUGCUACAGUUCUGGAGGAUGUUUUUAAAAUCAGAAAGAGAGGAGACCUGCCCAAGACCCUGACUGAGAUGUACAUCCACUUCAUGGUGGUUCAGUCCAAACUGAAGAACAUCAAGUAUGAUGGAGGAUCUGACACAGAUCCACACUGGAGUCAAAACAGCAGGAUGAUGUUUGAGUCUCUGGGAAAACUGGCUUUUGAGCAGCUGCAGAAAGGCAACCUGAUCUUCUACGAGUCAGACCUGACAGAGUGUGGCAUUGAUAUCAGAGCAGCCUCAGUGUACUCAGGAGUGUUCACACAGAUCUUUAAAGAGGAGAGAGGACUGUACCAGGACAAGAUGUUCUGCUUCAUCCAUCUGAGAGUUCAGGAGUUUCUGGCUGCUCUUCAUGUCCAUCUGACCUUCAUCAACUCUGGAGUCAAUCUGAUGGCAGAACAACAAACAACCUCAUGGUCGAAAUUCCGUAUAGAUAGAAGGAAAUGUCUCCACCAGAGUGCUGUGGACAAGGCCUUACAGAGUCCAAAUGGACACCUCGACUUGUUCCUUCGCUUCCUCUUGGGUCUUUCACUGCAGACCAAUCAGAAGCACCUACGAGACCUUGUGACACAGUCAGGAAGUAGCUUGGAGAACAGUCAGGAUAUAAUCCGGUACAUCAAGAAGAAGUUUGAGGAAAAUAUCUCUGCAGAGAAAUACAUCAAUCUGUUCCACUGUCUGAAUGAACUGAAUGAUCGUUCUCUGGUGAACGAGAUCCAGCAAUUCCUGAAAUCAGGAAGUCUCCGCACCGAUAAACUGUCUCCUGCUCAGUGGUCAGCUCUGGUCUUCAUCUUACAGUCAUCAGAAGAAGAUCUGGACAUGUUUGACCUGAAGAAAUACUCUGCUUCAGAGGAGGCUCUUCUGAGGCUGCUGCCAGUUGUGAAAACCUCCAACAAAGCUCUAAUGAGUGGCUGUGACCUCUCAAAGAAAAGCUGUGAAGAUCUGUCCUCAGUCCUCAGCUCUCAGUCCUCUAAUCUGAGACACCUGGACCUGAGUAACAACGACCUGCAGGAUACAGGAGUGGAGCUGCUAUCUGCUGGACUGGGGAGUCCACACUGUACACUUGAAACUCUCAGGCUGAAUAGCUGUAACCUCUCGGAGAGAAGCUGUGAAGCUCUGUCCCCAGUUCUCCGCUCUCAGUCCUCCAAUCUGAGAGAGUUGGACCUGAGUAACAACGACCUGUGGGAUUCAGGAGUGAAGCAGCUGUCCACUGGACUGGCGAGUCGACACUGCACACUGGAAAUUCUCAGGCUGUCCGGCUGUCUGAUCACAGAGAAAGGCUGUGAUUAUCUGGCUACAGCUUUGAGCUCCACAUCCUCCCGUCUGAUAGAGCUGGACCUGAGUUACAAUCAUCCAGGACACUUGGGGGUGAAGAAGCUGUCUGCUGUACGGGAGGAUCCACGCUGGAGCAUGAGAACUCUGAGGUGGGAGCCCAGUGGAGUCCAGUGGUUGAAACCAGGUCUGAGGAAGUAUUCCUGUGAGCUCACCCUCGACGAAAACACAGUCAACAGAAACCUCAGAGUGUCUAAUGACAAGAGGAAGGUGUCUAAUGUGUUAGAGGCUGAGCCAUAUCUUGAUCAUCCAGAGAGAUUUGACUACUGGCCUCAGCUGCUGUGUAGAGAUGGUCUGACUGGUCGCUGUUACUGGGAGGUGGAGUGGAGAGGAGUGGUGGAUGUAUCAGUGACCUACAGAGGAAUCAGCAGGAGAGGAGACAAAUGUGAUGGCUUGUUUGGAGGGAGUGAUCAGUCCUGGAGUCUGAGCUGCAUUGAUGGUGGUUACUUUGUCUGUCACAACAACAAACAAACCUCCUCCUCCUCCUCCUCCUCCUCCUCCUCCUCGGCCUCUGGUAGAGUAGCAGUGUAUGUGGACUGUCCUGCUGGCACUCUGUCCUUCUACAGAGUCUCCUCUGACACACUGAUCCACCUCCACACCUUCAACACCACGUUCACUGAACGUCUGUAUCCUGGGUUUGGGUUCAGGUCAGAUUCUCCUCAUUCCUCAGUGUCACUAAACCUGAGCCACAGUUUAAAAUAAUCUGCAAAAGAAAGUGCAAAUUAAUGUGCAUUCCCAUCCAAUAUCGUUAUAUAAAUGAGUUCAUUGGUUGAUGGAGACAAACAGCAGUUGGUGCUAAUUUUUCAAUCAGGUGCCUUUAAACCACC